CCGGUUUGACAGACGUUACAUGUGACUGUUGUAAAUAACACAAAACUCAACUUAGAACCAGUAAAUAUGAAUAGGAUUUGAUCGAAAUUGUAUCAAACGUUGAUUAAAUUUGUUAUAAUUUGUGUCACAAACAUGAACGCCAUAAUUUCCUCUAAUAUUUCUUCAUUGUUUCGAAAAUGUAACAUCUUACAAACGACGGGUGCUUUAAGGAAUUAUGCAACACCCAAACCUGGAGGAGCACUCGGUUCCAAGAAAAAGAAAUUGGGUAAAUUAGGUCCAGUGGUAGAGAAAAAAGUGAUGCCGGUGGAAACUGAUGCAACAAAGUUAGUCAGUUAUGUUUGCGGAAGUAAUUUCAUGAAAACCGGAGAAGACAUAAAACUAAAACCCGACUCGGAGUAUCCGGAGUGGUUGUGGAGUUUACAUGUUGGUAAACCUUUGACGUUGGAAGAGAUGGAUCCUGACACAAAACCGUAUUGGAGAAAGCUACGACGGUUAGCAUUGCAACGAAACAAUAAACUUUCGAAACUGAAAAAGUUUUAACUGUUGAGUCUGAGUUUAUUGAUCAUACAAUAAAAUUUUCAUACAGAA